UUUUAGAAUUAUAAUUCUAUGUACUUAACUUUUGACAUAUUUUAGGUUUAUAAAACGAUUGAAAAUGAAUAUUUUUCUGAUCUUGUGCUUACUUCUGCUGGUAGAUGCAUCAAAACAAAAGAAACCACAUAUUAUUAUGAUUGUUGCUGAUGAUUUAGGUUGGAAUGAUGUGAGUUUUCAUGGUUCCCAACAAAUCCCUACGCCGAACAUAGAUAAACUUGCACAAAGUGGAAUUAUUCUCAACAACUAUUAUGUUUUACCAAUUUGUACACCAACAAGGAGUGCAAUUAUGACUGGAAGAUAUCCCAUACAUACAGGAAUGCAUGGACGUACGGUUCAAUCACCUCAGCCUUGGGGAGUUGGAUUAAAAGAGAAAUUUUUGCCACAAUAUCUCAAAAAAUUAGGUUACUCUACACAUGCAGUUGGAAAGUGGCAUCUUGGAUUUUUUGCAAAAGAAUAUACUCCCACCUAUCGUGGCUUUGAUUCAUUCUAUGGAUUUUACAGUGGAAAGGCUGAUUACUGGUAUCAUGCUGUUAAUCUUACAUAUUGUGGACUUGAUUUGCAUCAUAAUCUAGAACCUGUUUACACUCAAUGGGGCAACUACAGUACAGAAAUAUUCACAGCGGAAGCAGAAGAUCGUAUUAGAAACCAUAACAUAUCAGAACCAAUGUUUUUAUACUUGGCAUAUCAAGCCGUUCACAGUGCAAACCGACCUGAAGAUCCUUUGCAAGCGCCUCAAGAAUGGAUUGAUAAAUUCAAACAUAUAAAACAUAGAAAACGAAGAAAAUAUGCAGCUAUGGUGGCAUAUAUGGAUUAUGGUAUUGGAAGAGUUUAUGAUCAGUUAGCUGCAAAGGGAAUGCUAGACAACACUAUCAUUGUUUUCACCACUGAUAAUGGUGGUCCAGCCAAUGGUUUUGAUUGGAACUGGGCAAAUAAUUUCCCCUUAAGAGGAGUAAAAGCUUCCUUAUAUGAAGGAGGAGUGCGAGCAGCUGGGUUCAUUCACAGUAAACUCCUAAAAAAUCCUGGUAGAGUUUCCAUGGAUCUAAUGCAUGUAACUGACUGGCUACCAACUUUUGUAAAUUUGGCUGGUGGAUCUGUCAAGCCUAACAAUCCACUUGAUGGUGUAGACCAGUGGGAAACAUUACAAAAUAUGACACCGUCUCCAAGAAAGGAAAUUCUCUUAAAUAUUGAUAACAGCACGUGGAAAAAUGCAGCAUUAAGAGUCGGUGAUUACAAACUUAUUCAGCAAGGUAAAAUCAGGGGUAAUUAUUGGGAUGGUUGGUAUCCUCCACCACAAAGUCAUAGGAAAACAAAAACAGUCAAUUAUAAGCCUCUUGCUGCAUCUGUACAGUGUGGAAAAGCUCCAGUGAAUGUAACACACUGUACAAGGAAGCAUGGAUAUUGUCUGUUUAACAUUAAGGAAGACCCCUGUGAAUAUCACGACUUGUCAAAGGAAUAUCCUGACAUUUUUAAACAGAUGUUAGCACGAUUGGAUGAAUAUAGAAUGACCAUGGUUCCUCCCCGUAAUAAUAAAACUGUUGACCCGCUAUCAAAUCCGAAAUUGCAUAAUGGUGUGUGGAAACCAUGGGUUACAUUGUGAACGGACUUGUUAAUAAAGAUUUAGUGACAUCAGUACAAUUUUAUACAUGUUUAUAUUUUUAACAUUUUAACAUUUGUUACACAUAAUAAAAAAACAUUCUUUUAUGAAAGAAUUUAGAGAAAGUUUACUAAGCUUCAGUAUUGUAAUAAAUACAUAUAUUUACAAAGUGGUCUAAGUUAAAGAAAUACCAGCUGAAAUUCUCA